AAAAAGUCAAGGGAUACCGAAAGCAAAAUUAGAACUGAAAGGCAGGCUAGGCAGAAAUGUUCCACUUCUCUGAAAACAAAAAGAUGGAAUAUCAAUUGUAAAUAUCACUUGAUUCUUAUUACGCAAGUCGUGAAGUUGUGUUGUGUCGAAACUCCAGCUUGGAACAUAAACAGCAACCACGGUAAUGGACUUCGUUCAAGUUUCGGAGGAGGAAGCUGAUGAGCCCAUCGAGCUCCCGUGCGAGGAAGAUGGCACUCUGCUGCUGUCUACUUUGCAGGCUCAGUUUCCUGGGUCCUGCGGUCUAAAGUAUCGCAACCUGGACACGAAGGCGGUCCGCGGAGUUCGAUCUAACGAGGGCAGACUAUUCCCGCCGAACGUGGGUUCAGGAUGGGGGGAAUACUAUUAUUUCUGCGCGUACCCCAAAGAAAACAAGCGCAAGAGCGAUGAUAGCUUGGAAAACACAACUGCCAAGACCAAACGCAUUGAAACGCGUUUGCGUUGCACUGAUCUUGUAGUUCUCGGUUUGAAUUGGAAGACAACUGAGGAGAGUUUGAGGGAAUACUUUGAGUCCUUUGGGGAGGUGCUUAUGGCCCAGAUAAAAAAGGAUCCCAAGUCGGGGCAGUCUAAGGGUUUUGGAUUCGUGCGCUUUGGAUCUUACGAUGCCCAGGGCCGCGUUCUUUCCAAUCGUCACCUCAUCGACGGUCGGUGGUGCGAGGUCAAGGUGCCGAACUCCAAGGGCGGGGACAAUGAGUUGCCCUGCAAGGUAUUUGUAGGACGCUGCACAGAGGAAAUGAACGCAGACGACUUACGCGAGUAUUUCUCGAAGUUCGGCGAGGUCACUGACGUGUUUAUUCCCCGUCCCUUUAGAGCCUUCAGUUUUGUCACUUUUCUCGAUCCUGACGUGGCACAGUCCCUGUGUGGAGAGGACCACAUAAUUAAGGGUGCAUCGGUUCAUGUGUCAAAUGCUGCCCCAAAAGCCGAGCAAAACAAAAACCAGCAAGGCCAGAGCUACAACAAUACCGGCCGGAAUGGAUACCAAAGAGGUAACAACCAACGCAGUUCUUACGGCGGUGAGAAUUCAAUCAUCGGCAAUGGCGGCAACAACGGCACCACCGGUUACGGUAUGGGUGACAAUAAUUAUGGAGGAAAUUCGGGAGAGGGCUACCAUACCAAUGGUAAUAACAAUUACUCAAACAACGGGAAGGGGAAUCGCCAGGACGGGGGGUCCCGGUAUAGCAAUAGGCAGGAAAAUUUAUACGCAAUGAAUCAGUCUCGAAACGGUAACGUGGGAACGAACAACGGCUGGGUGAACCGGGCCAAUCUGGACAUGCCCAACUUACAGGCGCUAGGCCUUAACUCGCAAGGAUCGAACUCUUCCAACCAGGCCCAGAACAUGCUCAAUCUUAACUCGUUUCCGAUCAAUCCCGCUAUGAUCGCUGCAGCUUUGAAUCAGUGGGGCCUGAUCGGCAACCAGCUGCAAAAUCAAAACCAGGACCAGCAGGGCGAAAAUUUUUUAACAUGGAUGGCCCAGAACAACGAUAAUAGCUUUGGUGGACGAAAGGGUUCAAAUAACCCGAACAAUCCGGGUUCCAAUGGAAUCAAUCAAGACGAAAACUCUGGCAUUAACGACCAAUAGGUAGAUUACACCCAUACCGUCGGAAAAAGACCUGAAACUUACAUACAUCAAGGGCAUUAAUCAUUUCAGAAUGGAAAAAACCGAUUGGUCAAAAACAAAGCAGCUGUCCUCACAACUUCGUACAAAGUCGAACAUUCUUUAGGACGGUACCAACCUGCUGUUGGUAUUGUACGAAUUCUACAUCUAAAAAAUUAUGAAUAGAUAUAAUUUAAAAUAGACAUUUUAAUAGUUGUAAUUUGAUGGAUAUUAAUGCAAUUCAUUUAACGUUUAACAAAAUAUAUUAUGCGUCCAUUUAAAGUGGGAGUGGCCAUGUAAAAACUGAAA